AUGAAUAAUAGCUUUUCAGCAGAAGGGCAAACUUAUUAAGUUAGGACUGUAACAACUUCUUAGAAUGUUUAAAGAACUAGUAAUGGGGAAUUCCAAGAUGCUGUUUAAAGAUAUGAAUUACGAAGAUCGUCGAAACCUAGAUAAACUUAAAAUAAUCAAUAAACAACUGUAAUUACUUCUAACUACGUUUAAUUGGAUAACGAGGGGAAGAAUAAUAAUUAUGACUUGGAAGCUUCAAGAUAAUCUUAGAGAGUGUUGGAGAAAUACCAGGUGAAUAGCUAGAAUAGUCAUUACGAAGUGAAUAGAUAGAGUGUUAAGGAAGUUAUGGACAAAUACAGGAGAGGAAGAGGAACAACUACAUCCUAAUUAUAAACGACAGAGGUGAAGUACUCUGCUGUUCCCCAACCUCAAUAUGAGCACUUUCAGUAGAAAGAAACUAUUUUUGAAGGCAGAAAUAGCAGGUAUGUAGAGGAAUAGGAGUAUUCACAAGAAAAACAAGUGGCAAUAAAUUAUAAUACUAUUUAAACAAAAUAAUAGGUGUAUGAGGUAGAUUAUGAAUAAAUAAAGGAAGAUUGUCAAAUCAGUGACAUUUACAGGAGACCCGAGAGAGAAGAUGAUGAAUAAGUGGACUUAUUAGACAGUGAUUAUGUUUCUUGCAAUAUGUUUUGA